AUUUUCUGUGCCAUUGGCAAACAUUCAGGUGUUUCCUUCCUUUGAACAAUGUGCGUGUUGCGAAAAAUACUACGAAUUGCAGUGUUAGCUGCAGUAUUGAUUCCACCCAUGGCAUGCAGCAGCGAGGGUAAUGAUACCAACAUGAUUGUUGGUGGUUUUAAGGUGCAUAUCGAAGACGUUCCCUAUCAAGCUGCUCUGUUUUACCGUGGUAUUUUACUGUGCGGUGGAUCCAUCAUCGGACCACAGUGGAUUAUAACGUCCUAUCACUGCGUUGACUCGCUCGAUCCAGCACGGUACGAAAUUGUUGUCGGUUCCGAUGAUCCGCGCAGCGGCAAAAGGCUGAAAGUAAAGAAAGUGAUAGUGCCGCCGGAGCUAUUUGAAAGUAGCAAUCUUGUGUACGAUAUAGGAUUGUUGCUGCUGCAGGAACCAUUAACAUUUAGCAAAAAUGUACAGUGCCUACAACUUUUAUCAUCAGUCGAUGCGCUUGUUCCCGGGAAACCCGGUUACAUUUCGGGUUAUGGUACAUCGUUCGAAGGUGGUCAUGAUAGUACAUUAAAAGCGGCCACAAUCAACCUGCUGCCGGCGAGCACAUGCGUGAAGGCCUAUGAAGAACUAAUGAGGCAGUAUAUGAUUUGUGCCGGGUUUGAAGAAGGUAUGGUGGACAGUUGCCAGGGUGAUUCGGGUGGACCGCUCGUGGUGGAUGGUAAACUUGCCGGUAUUAUUUUCUACGGACGCGGUUGUGCAAGACCUAACAACCCCGGUAUAUACAUGUCCAUACCGUGGUUUCGCGACUGGAUAGUUAACAGUAUCCAUGUUGAGGGGAGUCCUGCAGAACGGACACUUUGUGGAGAAAAUUAGGAAAUCCGUCGUAAAGAUGUUAAAUUGUAUAUUCUUUAAGUUGUAAGUAAUAAGUACUCGAUCUUUUCAAUGAAAAUAAAUACCGAAAAUUAUUAUUGCAUAAGAUUAA